AUGAGGGCGGUGGCGGCGGGGUCGUCGUCGUCGUCGUCGGCGGCGGCGGCGGCGGCGGCGUCAUCGUCGUCGCUCGGCGGAGAACCCCUGCGGGCGGCAGCGGUGGCGGCGGCCGCAAUGAAGGGGAAGCCUCGAUCCCGCCUCUCUCAUACGCCGGGCUUCAAGGCCUGCGAGCGCCAUCAGCUCCAGAGGUCGUCCGCCGGCGCCGGGAACGGGGCGGCGCCGCCGUCGUCGUCGCCUCUCCUCUCGGGGCGGGGCCACCACAGCGAGGCCGCCGGCGACGACAGGUUGGAGCGGAUCAGGGCAAAGCUCAUGGACCACCUCCGCCAGGCCGCCGGCCGGAUCGAGCUCCCACCGGCGGUGCCCCCGCCACCGGCGCGGAGGGAGCCGCCGCCGGAGGCCUCUGCGGCGGAGGAGAAGGACGCCACCCGGAAGUCGCCGCUCCCCGUGGCGACUUCGUCAGUUUUGUCGGACCAGGUGCCGGGGACGGCGGCGGCGGCGGUGGAGGAGCUUCCAUGGAGCCUCCGGACCAGGAGGUCAACGACGGGGGGCCCGCGACAGAGCCAGCAGAAACCCAGCUCGCGGGAGAUGCCUCCGCCGGCGCCGAAGCCGGCGACUCGGCAGAGGAACGGCGGGCCGGAGAGAAGGGAGGCGGCGCCGCGGCGGCGGCGACCCCGGUUCUCGGUUCCGCUGUCUAAGGAGGAGAUCGACGAGGAUCUCUACGCCUUCACCGGUCGGCGCACCCCCCGCCGCCCCAAGAAGCGCCCCCGCGCCGUCCAGAAGCAGCUCGACGUACUCUUCUCGAGUCCUCCCUCCUUCUUCGAUUCCUCUUCCGCUUCAACAACCUCCUGAUCUCUUCUGCUUUCUCCGCAGAUGGUGUUCCCGGGGCUGUGGCUGUCGGAGGUGACGGCGGAAACCUACCUCGUGGCGGAGGCGCCGCCGCUACCGCCGACCUGA